UCAAAUUACAUCUAGCUAAAAAUGAGAGACAAAUACUUUAAAUGUAUAAAAUAUUUCCUAAUUCUAUGGACAGUGGUGUCCAUAGCCUGUGCUCUCUUCACAAUAAUAUUCAGCUCUCGGAUCGCCAAUGAAUGGAUGGAUAGAUACUAUCCGGAGGUAAACCAGACCUCAAAUUCAAGCCAUAGCCACAACCAUCACAAUCGGUGGAAACUGUCGGUCCACUGGACACAGGGUAACCACUCGGCACCGGGCAACUGGUCGGCCUACUUGGCACACGUCAACCAAACUGGUUGGAAUUCAACGUUUGAGUUUAAUUUGGAUGGCUUGGGUGAAGCACUUGGCAGGGGCAUCCAUAAAACAUCCCUGCUACUUUUCAUCAUUCUGUGUGGCGUAUUUACUGUGCUGUUCAACACGUUGGGCUGCGUGGGUAUCACCCGAGCCAUACCAUGUCUGGUGAUGACAUUCACAAUCUACAUGAUAUUUGCCACAAUUGUAUUCAUCAUCAGUAGCUUUAAGCACAAAUGCCAAUGGAUUGCCGCCAUUGCGUACCUGAUUGUGUCGGUGCUGUCGUACUGCCUGUUCCGGGGUAUUCGGGAGCGCCGGUACUCCAACCGUAAUGUCGGCGUUUUGGUAACUAAUUCCGGUCCCUGUUGUCCCGAUUUGAAGCCUAUUGGGCAGAAUAAUAAUAACGAUUAUGGUAAUAAUCAGGCAAACCUAACCGGUAUUUACCCAACACUACCACAACAGGAGAUAUUCAACGCUACCGGAUCGGCCGCACAUACCGGGGCCAACCCUACGGCCCCACCCAUGCCCAUUGGCAUUCAGCAUAAUAAUUUUUCUCACAUU